AUGCAGAGAAAAGACACAAUCCCUAGCGACGGCGACGGCGACUCAGCCGUCGCAGCAACCAACGGCGGCGGUGGGGGAGGGAGCCACCCGGCCUGCGCGUCGUGCAAGCACCAGAGGAAAAAGUGUGCGGAGGACUGCAUCCUGGCGGCGGUGUUUCCGGCGGAGAAGACGCGGGAGUUCCAGGCGGUGCACAAGGUGUUCGGCGUGAGCAACGUGAUCAAGAUGAUGCGGCGCGUGGAGGCACGGGACAGGGAGCGGGUGGCGGAGUCGCUGAUCUGGGAGGCGGCGUCGAGGGAAAACGACCCCGUUUUGGGCGCCCUGCGGCAGUUCCAGCGGCUGCAGGAGGAGAAGCAGCAGCUGGAGAAGGAGCUCGGCCUCUAUAAGUGCCUCCCUCACCACAACGGCCAUCAGAUGGUCCGGCCGCAAGGCCACGGCGGCGGCGUCAUGUACAACAAGCAAGCCCCGCCGCCGCCGCUGCCGGGUUCUUGGAGUAGUAACGGCGGCAGCAACGGUGUCAGUGGCAACGGCAAGGUUGUGAAUGGCAAUGGGCAUACCAACAAUAUAUUGCAAGGGAGUUUUCCUACUCUGCAUAACACUAACAAUAAUAGUAAUAGUAAUCAUCACGGGAAGAUGAUUAACAACAAUAAUAAAGUGGAGGAACCCGCCGCUGUUAGUUCGUUUAAGGCUCGACAAUCACCUCAGCCGCUUCCGCAGCAGCAUCUUCUGCACCAUCAGCAGCCGCCGCCGUUCCAUCACCCUCAAUUCUACCAGCUAGACCUUCCUGUUCCAGGUAAUUAA